AUGCGCCAUUACACGGUUUGUCAGGAGAUUGUGGAUUGGCUUCGUGCUCAUGAGGCCACGGAAGCCUGCGUUGUUCUGGAUGACUUGGACUUGUCUCCAUCGCUGGGCAAAUCCUGCGUGAUUGUCAAUGGUCAGGAAGCACUAACAGAUGCGGAUGCAGAGUCCGCGGUGGAAGUGCUCACCACGGAUGCCGGUGACGUCUCCGAAUUGCUCAAAGCUUUCGUGCAAGUCGGGGAAGAGAUGGCAUGGCGGCACCGCUGGGAGAUGCUGGAGAGGCAUCAGAUUCAGACUAUUGGCCGUGAAGGAAGGCAGCAAAGAAGAAAAAAAAGAAAAAAGAGAAGAAGGAGAGCUAAGGAGGAGUGA